CCGCACACCAGCGCAACGUUGCCGGCGUGUGGGCAGGGAGGGAGGUGCAGGGAAGGAAGGGGGGGUGGGGGAAAAUAAAAGUGUUCUGAAGGAAGCGGGGAAGUGACGGCGCGGAGGAUGGCCGAGCUCCUGGAGAAGAUCCUGAACAACUUGCUGGAGCCGGACACGGCGCUGAUCCAGCAGGCCACAGCUCAGUUGAAGGAAGCUUUUAAGGAUCCGUCAGUGGUCCCUGCACUCUGCAACAUCCUCGCAAAUUCACCAAACCCUCAGAUCCGACAGUUUGCAGCAGUGCUCGUGAGGAGAAGAGUGGCCAAGCACUGGAAGAAACUGUCGGUGGAUCUUAAAGAGAAUUUGAAGCCGGUGGUUCUGCAGUCUCUGCAACAGGAACAUGAACACAAAGUACGGCACUCUGUAGCCCAGCUGGCAGCUAUCAUCGUCAAGCAUGAAACGCCCGAAAAGUGGCCGCAACUGCUUCAGUUUAUAACUCAAUGGACGAAAAGCAGUGUUCCAGAGGAGAGACAGGUCGGAAUGCUGUUGCUGAGCACUGUCGUGGACAUUAGUACUGAGUCCUUCAAGCGGCAUUUUCGCGAAUUGAUGCGUCUCUUCCAUCAGACUCUGGAGGACCACGACAACCCACUGGUGGUCUUCUACACCAUUCAGACGCUGACUGCCGUGGUGUCCUACAUGGGAACAGAUGAAGUGAACUUGAUGCGCCCUAUGAUCCCAAAGCUGUUGAUUGCAAUCCAGACCCUCAUUCAGCACAAUCAGGAUCAAGCCAGUGAGGCGAUGGAAGUUUUCGAUGAGCUGAUGGAGAGUGAAGUAUCUAUUAUUGUGCCAUACUUGUCGCAGAUUGUGCAUUUCUGCCUGGAGAUUGCAGCCAAUGCCAUCCUGGGAGACAACAUCAGGGUCAAGGCUUUGUCGUGUGUGAGCUUUCUAAUCAAACUGAAAGGAAAGGCCAUCAUGAAACAGAAGCUGCUCCCUAGUAUCCUGAACGUGCUGUACCCCAUAAUGUGUGCUCCACCACCCGAGGGAGAAAUGGACCCUGAAGAUCUGGAUCUGGAAGAUGACAUUGAGGAUGAGGUGGAGGCUCAGACUCCGAAGCACUUCUCAGCACAGGUGAUCGACAUGUUGGCUCUCCACCUACCUCCAGAGAAACUUUUUUCCCAGCUGACACCACUGAUGGAGCCAGCACUGAGGAGUGAGAAUCCGUAUGAACGAAAGGCAGGCCUGAUGAGCAUGGCGGUGUUGGCAGAGGGUUGUGCAGACCAUAUUCGCCAAAAACAUCUGCAUCCCAUGCUGCACUGCAUGUGUCAGGCCCUGACAGACCAGAGCCAGGUGGUCCGCAAUGCAGCCCUGUUUGCCCUUGGUCAGUUCUCCGAGUUUCUGCAGCCUGAUAUCAGUAAAUAUUCCGACGAGAUCAUGCCACUCCUCCUGAACUACCUGGGCACUAUCGACAAUUCAAAGGGUGGUCAUCUCACAAAGGCUUAUUACGCCCUGGAGAAUUUUGUCGAGAACCUGGGGAAGAAGAUUGAACCGUACCUACCCACACUGAUGGACAGGAUGUUGACCGCUCUGUGCUCAUCGAACAGCAACCGAGAGAAGGAAUUGGCUGUCAGUGCUAUCGGUGCUAUCGCCAGCGCUGCCAAGGAGGGACUGCUACCGUAUUUCCAGGCAGUGAUCGUUCAGCUGAAGGGGUACUUGGUGAAUACGAGUGAGGAGCUACGACAGGUUCAGAUCCAGUCACUGGAAACAUUAGGAGUGCUUGCUCGGACAAUUGGGAAAGAAGUGUUUCUCCCCCUUUGUGAGGAAUGCUGCCAGCUUGGUCUGAACCUUAUUGACCACGUAGAUGAUCCUGAUUUGCGGAGGUGCACCUACAGUCUCUUUGCUGCCCUGUCAGUGGUGAUGGGUCCGAGCAUGGCACCUCACCUUGAGAAGAUGACCACCGUGAUGCUGCUGUCCAUCAAAUCGACAGAAGGAGUUACGGCACACUAUGACAAUGACAGCAAAACCUUCCUGCUUCUGGAUGAUGACCUGGACGAGGAAGAGACGAUUACAGAAGAGGAGGAGGAUGACGAUGAUGCCGACAUAACUGGUUUCAGCGUGGAGAAUGCUUAUCUCGAUGAGAAGGAGGAUGCCUGUGACGCUUUGGGAGAGAUCGCUGUCAAUACCGGGGCUGCCUUCAUGCCAUUUAUGGAAACGUGUUUUCAAGAAAUCUUCCGCAUUAAUGAUUAUCCUCACGUCAAUGUCAGGAAGUCUGCAUAUGAAGCAGUUGGCCAAUUCUGCUGUGCCCUUUACAAAGUUGCUCAGGAAAACCCAACAGACCAAAACUUGGAAGGUUUCCAGAAGUUGCUAGCCAUGGUGUUUCCAAACUAUUUGAAAACCAUUCACGAGGAGAAGGAUCGCCUUGUGGUCAUGACGAUCCUGGAGUCCAUGAACAAUGUGCUGAAACACUGCAAAGGGGACACACUGAAGGAGCCAGGGCGCCUGGAUGAGAUCUGCAAAGCCAUUCGGAACGUACUGCAGAAAAAGACAGCUUGCCAAGAUCCAGAAAACGAGGAAACCGAAUCGGACGAAGAGCAGGAGGCCGAGUACGACUCCAUGCUCCUGGAGUACGCAGGAGAGGGCAUUCCCCUUCUAGCUGCCGCUGUGGGAGGACAGAUCUUUGCCCCGUACUUUGCCGGCUUCCUCCCCCUGUUGCUGUGCAAAACGGUACGUGCAGCUGCGUGGUUUGAAACUUCUAUUCGAUUUGGGUGUCUCCUGCCAUGAA